CUAUCUAUCUAUCUAUCUAUCUAUCUAUCUAUCUAUCUAUCUAUCUAUCUAUCUAUCUAUCUAUCUAUCUAUCUAUCUAUCUAUCUAUCUAUCUAUCUAUCUAUCUAUCUGUCACCUAGGGAAUGAACAAGAGUGUGAAAUUGUGACAGUUCACAUCCACUGUUAAUAGCCAAAAAGUGUACAUUAUCCACCAUUCACGUCUUACAAUCAGGGCCUCUGUAAAUAGGAAUAUAAUUUAUAUAUAUUAAUAUUGAUUAUUGGUGAUAGUGAUUGGAUGUACCCUCCAAAUACACUAUGUAGUGUCGAAAUUAACAAAAGUUCUGUCAAUUAGCCUUAAGUGAUAUUGAUCUCUCUAUGUAUUCACACAGUAUAUACACAUAUUGAGAGUUAUGGACAUGACAUGUUUUUGUGUAGCAAAACACUCAUAUUUUGUACCUAAUCCAAAAACCGUAGGCUGCCAAAUGUUUCUGAUAUUAUGCGGAUCACUGCUACAUUCGUGAUACGUACUUGAAAACAACUUAUAUGUAUUAUAUAUGUAUGUAAUGUGAUUUUUAAAUGCAGGCUCUUUUUGUUGUUGUGAAAAGAGUAGAUGCUAUUGGAAUGUCAUAGAAGCAGAAUAAAUUAUGUUAGGCUACUACCAGGUUAUGUAUAAAAUGUGUUAGCAAAUUACGUUUCAGUAUAGUGUCCCUGAAUACAUCAUCAAUCUAAGACGCUCCUUAUUAGUUAGAAAACGAUUUUGAAGGGCCAGUAUCUACCAAAGUGAUCUUGUGAUUAUGGGUGGCUCCAAAAUUUGGCCAAAAAAAAAAACAAAAAAUUAACAGGCGUAAUUUAUGAAACCCUGAAAGUGUCAAGAUGUGACACCUAGAUAACGAAAGUGUGAAUGCAGAACACUAUUCUUCAAAUUUUAAAUAAUUUUAAAUACUGUAUAUAUUUUUUUCUUGGCAACAACAUGUGCCUCAUCUAAACAUUUUAUUACUAAACACGUACAGAUUCAAUAUUGCAUUUGUGCAAUAAUAAUUAAGCAUAAUAAUCCACCGCUUUUCAACAUCUCAAGGGGCUGCCGUUUUCUUUCGAAUUAAGGGCGACAGAAACUGACGUCACAAGACCAAUGCGCUCAUUUUACGAACAUAACGGUGAGCCCGUUUUCUGGUUCUGGUCACGUGAUGUUCGGAAAGCGAGCCGUAGAACUUUGACGUCACUUUCCGUUGACAGCAGGUGACCGUACGGCAGAAAAUGGCAGCUCCCCUGAGAUGGAUAUAUAUAAAAUGGGGGUACAUUGAACAUAUCAUUGUAAACGAAACUUUGACUUGACUUCUGCUGUGCAGCGUUUUUGUUCCCGAACAGUUUUUCUGUGCCUCAGGAGAGUUUGUAAUGUCAACUUUUAAAUACUGUACUUUGUGUGUUCUCGCAGUGUGCGGGGCUGGCUUUUCUCUGAUAAGUGAUGCUUCAACUGCUUAUGUAAUUGCAAGCAGUGUGUUAGAACUGCUUUCAAUGUGGAUUUAGUUGCUAUUUUGAUGUCAGUGUGAUACUCGGUGGCUUCUGUGUAUGUGUACAAGAUUGAGGGAAGCGGCAAUCAAUGGAGCAGAAGUUCCCAGGAUCAAACGGCAGAUGGCGACAGUUACACCAAUGUUGCUGGGCUUCUUUGGCACGGAGCACCAAUAACAGCAUCAUCAUCUUCAUCCUCAUCGUCAUCUCCAUCGCCACCCACGACACUGCAGCAUGGACACGGAGGACCAGGGACGACACAUGGAGCCUCUGCUACCCGCUGUCACCUCCCCCUUUGGCUCAUCUGUUGGCCGUAGAAGUUUGAGGAGUGAUGUUGAAGCUGUAGUGGACAGAGGAGGAACACGCUCGCAGCAAAGCACCAACUUCGAACCAGAAGAUCUUGAAGGCCACAGGACUCUGUACAUCGGGGUUCACGUCCCAUUGGGCAGCACCAGACAGCGUAGCCAUCGCAGGCACCGUCACCAUGGUAACAAACACAAACGGAGGAGCAGGGAACGGGCGCUCCCAUUGGUGGAGGGGCGAGAGUCUCCUAUCUACGACACUCCCUCCCAGAGAGUUCAGUUCCUCCUCGGGAUGGAAGACGAGGAUGAGGAGCACAUUCCCCACGACCUCUUUACGGAGAUGGACGAGAUCUUCGUGAGGGCGGGCGAGGAUUCUGAAUGGAAGGAGAGCGCCAGGUGGCUGAAGUUUGAGGAGGACGUGGAGGACGGAGGAGAGCGAUGGAGUAAACCCUACGUGGCCACGCUGUCGCUGCACAGCCUGUUCGAGCUGCGCAGCUGCAUCAUCAACGGCACCGUGCUGCUCGACAUGAGGGCCGGCGCCAUCGAGGAAAUCGCAGAUAUGGUACUGGACCACCAGGAGCUGCACUCGCCACUGGGCGACGAGCUCCGAAAGAAAGUGCGUGAAGCGCUGUUGAAGCGACAUCAUCACCAGAGCCAGAAGAAGCUGACCAAUCGCUUGCCCAUCGUGCGCUCGCUCGCAGACAUGGGCCGUCGGACGUCGGACGUCCACCUGGACAAGAACGGUCAGAUGACCUCUUCCCAGUUUCAUUUAGCAGGUCCAGAUGGAAAAGGGGACCUCACCAGAGAAAAUAGCUCUGUGGACUUAAGCAAGAUGGACCUUCAUUUUAUGAAGAAGAUCCCACCGGGCGCUGAGGCGUGCAACGUGUUAAUAGGAGAGUUGGACUUUCUCAAGAAGCCCGUGGUGGCUUUUGUGCGUCUCUCACCAGCCGUUCUUCUUAGCGGAUUGGCUGAGGUCCCCAUUGCCACGAGGUUUCUGUUUAUUCUCCUGGGACCCGUUGGAAGAGACCCUCAGUAUCAUGAGAUCGGCAGGUCCAUCGCUACGCUCAUGACAGACGAGGUUUUCCACGACGUCGCAUAUAAAGCGAAGGACCGAAAUGAUCUGAUCGCCGGGAUUGACGAAUUUCUCGACCAAGUAACUGUCUUGCCCCCAGGAGAGUGGGAUCCAUCCAUUAGAAUAGAACCACCCAAGAAUGUACCUUCUCAGGAGAAGAGGAAGAAAAAUACCAAUCUCCCGAACGACAUAGCCGAGUCUAACGAAGAGGAGCAUGAAAGCCACGGAGGUCCUGAACUGCAGCGCACGGGGAAAUGGUUUGGUGGUCUCAUUCUCGACAUCAAGCGCAAAGCCCCCCACUACCUGUCCGACUACACGGAUGCAUUCAGUUUGCAGUGUGUGGCCUCUUUCCUGUUCCUCUAUUGUGCCUGCAUGUCCCCCGUCAUCACCUUUGGAGGACUUCUGGGCGAGGCGACUGAAGGACGCAUAAGUGCAAUUGAGUCGCUGUUUGGUGCCUCAUUGACGGGAAUCGCCUACUCCUUGUUUGCCGGGCAGCCGCUCACCAUUCUGGGCAGCACUGGGCCAGUGCUCGUUUUUGAGAAGAUACUCUUCAAAUUCUGCAAGGAGUACGGCCUGUCCUAUCUGUCGCUGAGGACCUGCAUCGGCUUGUGGACGGCGUUCCUCUGCAUCGCGCUGGUGGCCACAGACGCCAGCGCCCUGGUGUGCUACAUCACUCGUUUUACGGAGGAAGCCUUCGCCUCGCUCAUCUGCAUCAUCUUCAUUUACGAGGCCUUGGAGAAACUGGUCUACUUGGGAGACUACUAUCCCUUUAACAAGAACAACAACCUGGACAAGCUCUCUUUGUACUCAUGUUCAUGCGUUGAGCCUUCUGACCCCACCAACGGCACCCUGAAGUACUGGGAGUUCAAUAACAUCACUGUGUCUGAGAUCUACUGGGAAGCGUUGGAGGUCAAGGAUUGCAUUGAAAAGCGCGGCGAGUUCGUGGGCAGCGCCUGCGGGCCCAACGGACCGUACGUCCCCGACGUUCUCUUCUGGUGCGUCAUUCUCUUCUUUUCCACCGUCUUCAUGUCGUCUUUCCUUAAGGAGUUCCGGUUCAGCAGUUACUUCCCCACAAAGGUGAGGUCCAUCGUGAGUGACUUUGCUGUUUUCAUCACCAUCUUCACCAUGGUCCUGGUUGACUACUCCUUAGGGAUCCCCUCUCCGAAACUGAAAGUUCCAAGUGUGUUUAAGCCGACCAGAGAUGAUCGAGGCUGGUUCAUCAACCCGCUGGGGCCAAACCCCUGGUGGACGGUGGUCAUCACGCUGUUUCCAGCUCUGCUGUGCACCAUUCUCAUCUUCAUGGACCAGCAGAUUACAGCCGUCAUCAUAAACAGGAAGGAGCACAAGCUCAAGAAAGGCUGCGGCUACCACCUGGAUCUGUUCAUGGUGGGUCUGAUGCUGGGCGUCUGCUCGCUGAUGGGCCUGCCGUGGUUCGUGGCGGCCACCGUCCUCUCCAUCACGCACGUCAACAGCCUCAAGCUGGAGUCGCGGUGCUCGGCGCCCGGCGAGCAGCCCAAGUUUCUGGGCAUCAGGGAGCAGCGCUUCACCGGCCUCAUGAUCUUCGUCCUCAUGGGCUGCUCCGUCUUCAUGACGUCCGUGCUCAAGUUCAUUCCCAUGCCCGUGUUGUACGGCGUGUUUCUCUAUAUGGGCGCGUCGUCCCUCCGAGGAAUACAGUUCUUUGACCGUCUCACACUGUUCGGCAUGCCAGCCAAGCACCAGCCGGAUUUCAUCUACCUGCGUCACGUACCCCUGAGGAAGGUGCAUCUGUUCACUUUCAUCCAGCUCAGCUGUUUGAUUCUUCUCUGGGUCAUCAAGACUUCCAAGGCCGCCAUCGUCUUCCCCAUGAUGGUGCUGGCUCUGGUGUUCAUCAGGAAACUGUUGGACUUCAUCUUCUCAAAGAGAGAGCUGAGCUGGUUGGACGACCUCAUGCCAGAGAGCAAGAAAAAGAAGCUGGAGGACGCCGAGGAGGAGGAAGAGCAGAGUAUCCUCGCUGAGGACGAAGGCGCAGUGCAGGUGCCCUUGGAGGAAUGCAAAGGGUUACCCAUCAUCAACAUCACGGACGAGAUGUCCAAAGGUUCUUUUGGAAACACUUGGAACGCCACAAGCUAGGACCUUUGCAAAGACGUCAACGCGUGUUUUUACGGUAAGCGCUUGAGAAUGGCGCGUCGAGCUUCAGUUAUUCCUCGUCAUCUGAAAAAUUAAACUUGUGCGUUCCAACACACGGGAAAACAUUUCAUUUAUGAAUACUAACACAUUUGCAGUUCACGUGUGAACAUAAAACAACAGGAAGUACAUUUCCUCGGAAUUUCCAAUGCACUUUUUACAUGUUAAUUUAGCAUCUGAUUUCCUACGCUGUCAGGUGAACAUUUUGCCGGUCCCAAAUACAUCCCCCCGCCAACCCCCCGUCAUUCAAAAGUGUCAUGAGGAAAAACUAAGUACGGUAACUACUACUGUGUCAGUGUUUUUUUUUUUUUUUGUAAUUAUGAUCCCAUCAUACAUGUAACGUGUGUCAUUGGAAAACCGUCUGAAGCCACGUGAGUAAGGCUCAUUGUCUCACGUUUAACACUUUGUCGAGGUCAAGCCGGGCCUUCUAAAUCGAGCACUUUGUAUUUCUUUUGUACUAUGCUUCUGUUCUUUGCUCCUAGUCGUCUUCAGACUUAUUGAUUUAAAAGGGAGAAAAGCCGUCGUGCAAUAACAAAGUGAUGACAUCGGUUACCGUGUGCGCACACGAUUGUAACUUGUCAUAACUUCUCAUCCCUCAAUGAUAUUUUAUGUGGUUUACUUGAUAUAUAAUCGCAACAUCGAUCCAAUAAUUUCAUCCCGAAGAAUGUAAAUAAUCCUUUGGUAUCGUUUCAUGUUGCUGUAUGGCUUUUGUGUCUACAAUUGUGCAAUAUAAAUCACUGAUCGUCAGCUGUGUCUGCACUUGUUACUACCAUCCAUAAACUAUUGAUCAAGCAUGA